UGUUCCUGAUUCAGUUUAUCAGAAAGCUCUGAUAAUCCUACAGAUGAGACAAGAGUCAGAACAGCUACAAGCUCAGGCUGAAGAGAUAGCUGCGGAUCAACGCACAGAAGAUGAUUACACAAGUCUAUACUGGAAAGAAAAAUCUUCAGAGGAAAAUGAGUACGAGCAAGUGGACCCCUCUGCUUCAGGGAUUCAUAACAUGAAGGAGUCUUUGCUACAGGAGUUAAAAAGAGAUAUUGCUCGGUUCAUAAAAGGGGAUAAACUCUACACCCAGCCUGUAAAAAGACGAGGCAAAACGGUCAAUGUUCGUCCUGGUCUUGCCCUUGGGGUCAUCACACUUCAGGUACAAUUUAAUGAUCAUCAUCAGUAA